GGGAGUCUGGAUUCUGGGUCUGAAGGGAGGAGGCUGAGGGUUCUGAUAUCUGGGACUUGAGGGAGGAGGGGCCGGCAUGGAGUCUGAGGGAGGAGACCCCUGAGUCUGAACGAGGCUGAUGAUCGCUUCUCUGUCCUAUGGGUGCGACGGAGCUGGACGCCCGUUGCAAAGGGGUCAGCUGCCAGCCCAGCCUCUGAGUCCGGCCGAGAUUCUUAGUGUAGAGACUGGGCUGCGACCCUUACAGAGGCACAGACUGCGCGGGGGCAGGGGCUGGCAGGAGGGCCGCUGUAGAUGGCUUUGGCAAAGGGACCGUCCGAGUCCCGCACUCCGCACCCCGCCCCUUACUCCGCAAGCUCCUAGUGGGCGGCCUGCGGAGCGCUUCGGGAGCGGGUUGCGCACACCCGCGGGUGCCGGGAGGGGGCGCCGGCGAGCAGGACUCCGCCCUCGGGGCGGAGCCUCUGGCGUGGGCCCCGCCCCCUGUCGCCCGCCUCCCUUUUCCCGGCUCCGGCUCGGCCUCCAGCUCCCGCCUCGGCUCCCCCUCCCAGAGGCCCCUCCCCGGAGCCGAGCCCACCCAGGGCCCCCGCCGCCGCUCCCCUGCCCAGCCGCCCGGCCCGAACAGCCUCCCCGGGGGGCAGCCCCCCGUCCGCCUGCUUCCCUCCAGCCCAGCCCUGCCAGAUCCCCCACCAUGAAUCUCUUCCGAUUCCUGGGGGACCUCUCCCACCUCCUAGCCAUCAUUCUGCUGCUGCUCAAGAUCUGGAAGUCCCGCUCGUGUGCCGGGAUUUCGGGCAAGAGCCAGGUCCUGUUCGCCGUGGUGUUCACUGCCCGCUACCUGGACCUCUUCACCAACUACAUCUCACUGUACAACACCUGCAUGAAGGUGGUCUACAUCGCCUGCUCCUUCACCACGGUUUGGAUGAUUUACAGCAAGUUCAAAGCUACAUAUGAUGGCAAUCAUGACACGUUCCGGGUGGAGUUCCUCGUUGUCCCCACAGCCGUCCUGGCCUUCCUGGUCAACCACGACUUCACCCCUCUGGAGAUUCUCUGGACCUUCUCGAUCUACCUGGAGUCAGUGGCUAUCCUGCCGCAGCUCUUCAUGGUCAGCAAGACAGGUGAGGCUGAGACCAUCACCAGCCACUACCUGUUCGCGCUGGGUGUCUACCGCACACUCUAUCUCUUCAACUGGAUCUGGCGCUACCACUUCGAGGGCUUCUUUGACCUCAUCGCCAUCGUGGCUGGCCUGGUGCAGACGGUCCUCUACUGCGAUUUCUUCUACCUCUACAUCACCAAAGUCCUAAAGGGGAAGAAGCUGAGCCUCCCCGCUUAGUCCCUGGCCGUCCCAGAGGCAGACCGAGGCCACACAGACAGACCGGCGCCUUCUGCUCCCCGCGCGAUGGUGACUUUUUAAAAAAAAGAACAACCUCUCCCCACGCUCCAUCCCCCCUCCUGCCGGCUUUCAGGGGGUGGUGGAGGACCCACAUCUUGGGGAGCUCAGGACCUGGGCUGUUUGUAGUUUUUUGCCUUUUAGAGAAGAAAAAAAAAGAUCUUUCCACGAUUUAGUUUUUUUCUGACGACUUCUUUUCUCUUCUAGCUCCCCUCCUUGUCCCUCUUUUUAUAAACUGUUUCCGAGUGCCCUGUGAGGUGGGGCUGGGUUGGAGACACCCCUCAACAUACAGUCCCUUCUAUUCCCUCUUGAACCCCCAGCCUCCCAGCCUCAACAAAUUGUCCAGCCCAAAAUCUGCCUGCCUGACCUCCCACCAGGCUGACAGCGAAGCCACCGCACCCCCAAACUUCUGGGCCCCGGAAAGGGAGUUGGGGAGAGUCGGACUCCCCUGAUUUUUCAUAAUAGAUUUUUUUCUCUCUCCAGAGUUUGGGUUCUUUGGUCUACUCCUCUUUUUUUUUUUUUUUGCAAUUUUGGGGGUUGCGGGGCCAGGCACAGGCAGGGGCUGGCCUGAAAGUCCCUGCGGCUUUGCCGCCAUGUUUUUGUACAGAACUGAUGGUUGAUUCUUUGUUCUCUUGAAUAAACCAAGGAAAAUGA